GGAUGGAAGAGUGAUCAUAUUUUAGCCAUUUCUUCCGUGAACAUGGCUUUAAUGAGAUCACAGCCUCUUCCCCUUUUGUCAUUCUGAACUCAACUACCCCCUAACCAAAGAAAGAAACGCUCUUUAAAAACCUUUUUUCAUCGCACAAGAAACUCCAUCUUAUCAUCAUCUUCAUCAUCAUCAAUCAUUCAAUCCAAAUCCCAUCCACCAUGGAUUGGGUUUCAUGGCUCUCCAAAACCACCCUCCAACCUUCUCUCGUCUACGAUUACGCCCUCACCUUUGCCCACAACGAACUCAACCAAGAAGACAUACCCUUCUUCAACCAUGAAUUCCUCCAAAGCAUGGGCGUCUCCGUCGCCAAACACCGCCUAGAAAUCCUCAAACUCGCCAGGAAAGAGAAGGGCAGAAGCAGUAACAGUAGUAGUAGUAGUUCGAAGCAGAAGAUUUUGUGGCUGGUGUUUGCGGUGAAGCAAGUGAGGAAGAAUCUGGCGAAGCAGGUCCGGGGUUGGAUUCACCGGGAGGAUUCCGCCGGCGGCAGCCUGACGAUCGUGUCGGCGAGGAAUUGCAGUCUGAGAUGGAAGGCGGCCAUGUUGAAGAGGAAGAAGACUAAUAAUAAUCAAGAAUGGCCGCCGCCGAGGAUGAUUGCUAACGUUAACACUACUGCUCCUCGUAGUAAUAAUAAGGUUUUGGCUGGUCAGGGAAGAUUGAUGAUGUUGACGAAUGGGAGCCCCUUGGUGGAUCAUCGUGAUGCUUGGAGCUACAGCUCCGCCUCGAGCUCCCCGCCGGUCGAGAAUCUUCGUUACAACGACGAUGAGGAGGAGAGGAUGGCUGGCGCCGGUGACGGAAAGUACUACUGGUCACCCACCAUAGAAGACAUCAAGUGGGAUUCAAUGUUUCAGAACCUGAAACCCACCUGAAAAUCUUCAACUCCUCUUAAUUAAAGUCUAUAAUUACUGCUUUGAUUCUAGGUGUGAACUGAAGAUAAAUGAUUUAUUGACUAUUGUGUUGUGCAAUCUAUGUUUUAAUAACUUCUUGUUGUUGGUUGGCCA